AUGUACCUUCAGUCCAGCGGCUUUUGCGGCUAUGACGUCUGGCUAGACAAUAACGAGGAAGUGGAGCUCUACACGUACUGGUCCCGCUUCACCGUCAAGCAGACGUACGACAAGCUCCAGCCCAAGAGGACGUUCACUCCGCACGUCUCCAACCACCACUCUAGCCCUGGCGAGUGGAGUGCGGACGUUGUAAUACAUGGGCCGCAGAGUGCGCGCCACGGAUGGGAAUGGUACGAAAUGGGGUUCUUCGCAUGCUGGACGCGGUCGGGGCCGGUCACGCUGCUGUGCUUUGAUGUGCCUGCGAAGUCGCAAAAGGAUAUCCAGUCGAUGUUCUGUUCGCAGGACGUCUCUCGUUCCUGUCCGUACGCUGUGUUCUCGAUUGUCUCGGAUGCGCUGCUUCGGCUGUAUGAUGACUCGGUCUGGGCGGUCAGAAACCACAUCAGCCUGUGGGAAGCCAGGAGGUCACAAGAGACCGACUACUUCCUUUUGCACGAGAUUGCGAGACACGGGGUGCACGUCAGCGAGACUCUCAGCGUGGCCAUACGGUCCCUCGACACCAUGCAGCAUCAUCAUGAGAGGUUCCGUGCAAACAGCGACUCCGGCCGCAACAAGCAUGGCCGCAGACGCUGGGACAAAGUCGGCAGUCGCUUCGAGUUCCAGCUCCAGUUUCUCCAGGGCUUAGUUGAACGGUCUGAGGCGAACAACGCCCGCAUCCAGAACGAGAUCACCCUUUUCACCAUAGGAUGGAUCUGCCCUCUCCCGCUAGAAAAAGAGGCUGCAAGACUGGUGCUGGAUGAAGAGUACCCGCAAGAUGAGGUGCAGUACCAGAACGCAUACUACUUAGGCGGUCGGAUCGGACAACACAAGGUCGUCAUCGGCGUGCAGCGAAGGAUAGGACUUAGCCAGGCAGCAAUCCUUGCCGAGAAGAUGCGCGCUGGGUUUCCCAACAUAAGAUACUUUCUUUUGGUCGGCAUCGCUGGCGGCGUGCCUCACUACGGUCCAGCCGGUGCCGCCUCGGAGAUUGUACUUGGAGACGUGGUCGUCAGCUCUCCACGAGGCAACCAUGGCGGGGUGCUACAGUACGACAAGGGCGCGUGGGAGGGCCAAGGGCGACUGAACUUUCGAGGGCACACCAACGGCGUUCCUGGCGAUCUGAUGGCCGCAGUCAACAACUUCCGCGCGGAAGGCUGGUCCAAUACGAACAUCGCAGGGGUCCUGAAGCAGAUGCGUCUCAAGCUUGACGAGGAGCGGAAGCACCAGUACAACGAUCCGGGCCCUGGCCGCGACAGGCUCUUCGAAGACACUUAUGAGCAUCAAGGCACUGAGCUGGAUGAUUGCAAAGCGUGCUGCGACGCGGACUACACCAUGUCACGUUCUGAUCGAGGGGACGGAGCUACUCGGUUGCUUGACGAGCCGUUCGUCCACUUCGGUAACAUUGCAUCAAGCAACCAGCUGCAGAUAUCCGCUAUCGAACGAAACAGAAUACAACGAGAGCACGGCGCUAUCUGCUUCGAGAUGGAAGCAGCAGGAGUGAUGGAAGAGUAUCCGUGUGUAGUCGUUCGAGGCAUCUGCGACUAUGCAGACUCGCACAAGAACAAGGGCUGGCAGAACUACGCGGCAGCUACGGCGGCAGCGUACGCUAAAGGGCUGCUGUCUAAGAUCCCCGCGGUAGACGCUACGAGGAGCGCGCAGUCUCCAGAACAGGCUCCAAUUCAGCAAACCGCAAGCACACAGAACAUUACCUUUGGCAACAGCAGAGACAGCAUCCAGGCCGGAACCAUCAACGGCAACAUCCAGUUUGGACGACGUUGA